AUGACAGACCAGCUCCAAGCGCUUCGCGAUCAGAUCGCAAUAAUCGAGCAGCAAGAAUCCACCCUAACCCUCCCCAAACUCACCAACGACAUUGCACUACACCUCGGCCUCGAGAUCCGCAACAUUUUUCAAUCCUCCUUCAACCCAGAACAAGAUGGCAUCGUCAUCUCUAUCUCCCUCUUCUCCGAUCAAACCCUCUUCGCUUGUUCGGUCGGUAACCCUCUCAAACUAGGCCCUGAUAAUUGGAACUGGGUUCGACGAAAAGCAAACACAGUCAAGAGAUUCGGCCGUUCAAGUUUCUUAGUGGGCAGAACAAGGUUAGCAAAGGGAAAGGAUUUGGAUGGUUUAGGUGAGGAUUAUGCUGCUCAUGGUGGCGGAUUCCCGUUGAGGGUGAAGGGAAUGGACCUUGCGCCGGUGGGUGUCGUGGUUGUGUCCGGGUUGAAACAGGAAGAUGAUCAUCAGUUGAUUGUGGAUGCUCUGGCCAAGUUGAUCGAGCAAUCGUCAGUCGAGGGCUAG